UGCGCCAAUCCCUCAGCGACCGGCGUCCUAAACUUCCUCUGUUCGCCCGGAAGUAGUCUCGCUGCCUCUGGAUCUUGGCGGCUUGGUUUUCCCUGCUUAGUGCUUGGACUAUCUAUGAGUGAGAAUCCAGAAGACAACAAUGGGAAACUGAGUUAUUGGCAAUGGAUCCACUGGAAUCAGUGACCUUCGAAGAUGUCAUUAUAAACUUCACUCAGGAAGAGUGGGCCCUACUAGGCACAUCUGGGAGAAAGCUGUAUGAAGAUGUGAUGCUGGAAAACAUCAGUCAUCUGGUAUCUGUUGGUGAAAUGGUGUGGAUGGUGGAAGCAAGAGGAUUUUCUCAUUGCCAAAGUCCAGGUAGGGGGAUUUCAUAUAAACUGCAAGAAAUCAUACCCACGCAACAGAUCAGCAGGGGGGUUGCACCCACUCUCAUGUCAAUGAAAUCUCCUACUCAAGAAAAUCCAUCUAAACAGAAUAAUUUGGCAAAAAAUGUUACUGAAAGCUCUGCAUUGAGUGAAAAUGUGUUAACUCACACAGCAAAGAAAUCCUUUGUCAACAAACAGUGUGGAAACUCCUUUAAUGACUAUUUAUAUUUUAAUCAAGACAAAAAUGAAACAAGUAAGUCAUAUGAGUGCCAUCUGUGUGGUAAUGCAUUCAUUCGACCAAUUAAUCUUCAACUACAUGAGCAAAUACACACUAGAAAUAAAUCAUGUGUAUGUCAUGUAUGUGGGAAAGCCUUCAAAUAUCCUCAUUCCCUUAGAGCACAUGAGAGAAUACACACUGGAGAGAGGCCUUAUGAAUGUCAUCUAUGUGAGAAAGCCUUCAGCCACUUUUCUUCCCUUAGACAACAUGAGAGAACACACACUGGAGAGAGGCCUUAUGAAUGUCAUCUAUGUGGGAAGUCCUUCAGUCAGUCGUCUUCCCUUAGACAACAUGAGAGAACGCACACUGGAGAGAGGCCAUAUGAAUGUCAUCUAUGUGGGAAAGCCUUCAGUCAUUCUUCCUACCUUAGAAGACAUGAGAGAAUUCAUACCGGAGAGAGGCCACAUGAAUGUCAUCAAUGUGGGAAGGCCUUCAGUCAAUCGUCUUCCCUUAGACAACAUGAGAGAACACACAACGGAGAGAGGCCACAUGAAUGUCAUCUAUGUGGGAAGGCCUUCAGUCACCUUUCUUACCUUAGAAGACAUGAGAGAAUUCACACCAGAGAGAGGCCACAUGAAUGUCAUCUAUGUGGGAAAGCCUUCAGUUACCCUUCUGACCUUAGACAACAUGAGAGAACACACAACGGAGAGAGGCCACAUGAAUGUCAUCUAUGUGGGAAAGCCUUCUGUUACUCUUCUGCCCUUAGAAAACAUGAGAGAAGUCACACAGAAGACAGGCCACAUGAAUGUCAUCUAUGUGGGAAAGACUUUAGUCACUCUUCUUACCUUAGAAAACAUGAGAGAAGUCACACAAGAGAGAGGCCACAUGAAUGUCAUCUAUGUGGGAAAGCAUUCAGUUACCCUUCUGACCUUAGACAACAUGAGAGAACACACACUGGAGAGAGGCCAUAUAAAUGUUACCUAUGUGGGAAGGCCUUUAUUCAGAACUCUCACCUUAAAAAACACAGUCGAACUCAUGCUGGAGAUAGACCAUAUACCUGCCAUCAGUUUGGGAAAACAUUUAGGAAUUGUUCUUCCCUUAUACAACAUGAGAUAAUGUACACUGGAGAGAGAUAAUAUAAAUGCCAUUGUGUGAGAAAGCCUUUAUUCAGAGUGGUAACCUUAAAAAACACAAUCUUAGUCACAUUGGAGAGAAACCAUAUAUAUGCCAGCUGUGUAGGAAAGACUUCAUUCAGAGUCAUAACCUUAAAAACCACAAAUUAAACUCCUACUGAACAGAAACCAUAUGCAUGCCACCUAUGUGGGAGAGCAUUCAUUACAUCUUCUAAAUAUAGACAGCAUGCGGGAAUGCAUACUGGAAAGAAACCAUACAAAUGUCAUCUGUGUGGGAAAGGCAUCAGUUCUUUCCUUAGCAUGAGAGAACACACUGGAGAGAGACCAUAUGAUUGUCAUCUGUUUGGGUGAGCCUUUACUCACAGAUCUUACCUUAUGAAACACAAUCCAACUCACACUGGAAAGAAACCAUACCAAUGCUCCUGCAGCUCUUUUUCCCUUAACACAACAUGAGAAUGCACACUGGAGAGAGACCUUAUGAACAUUAUCUGUAGUUCUUUUUCCCUUAGCAUGAGAGAGUACACACUGGAGAGAGAUUGUAUGAAUGUCAUAUGUGUGUGGGAAAGACUUCAGCAGUUCUUUUUCCCUUAGAUGACAUGAGGGAACACACACUGAAGAGAAACUGUAUGGAAGUCAUCUGUGUGGAAAAAUCUUCAGUAGACUACAUGUCCUUAGACUACAUGAGCAAACUCAGAGAGUAAUAAAUAUUUUCAGUAAUAUGUUCUGACCUAAGUUGACUUAGCAAUAUACAUGUAAUAAAUUUGAAAGAGUGAACAAUAUAUUUGUAAAGUUUAAAAACAUUGUAGAUACAUUC